AUGCGCCCGGCGCUUCUGCGACUGUUGAAGAGGCCGUCCGCCGUCUCGAUUCUUGACAACCUCACAGCUACACCGAUCGGAAUAGAGCAAUUGGACUCGAAGUACAGGUGUUUACGGUGCACUUCUCGAAGCUCGAAGCACGAAAAACUGAGUGAAAAUACACAUCGCCCGACGCCAAGCACAGUCGAAGAUCCAUGCCGAGGGAAACGGCCAUUCAGCUUUCCGAUAUAUGAAAUCGAGGAAUCCAGCGAACACCCGAUUCUUGAACACACCGAUGUCGCGGACGGCCAAGAACACCGGGGAACUACGCAAUAUCCGAUUGAACAGCUGGCGCUUCGGCCGGACAAGCUUGAAUUUGAAUCAGACGUCGGACACCUGAACGACAUUGGAACGCGGCUAGUGGAUGGGACGGACAAUCGGUUCAAUUUGGAUCUGUGGGAGGAGCUUCUCCGGUACCGACAGCGGCAUUAUGGUGAUACUGGCACAAUUGAUAUAUGGGAGGGACUGACCGUCCGCGUGGACGGAGUUCGACUUCCAGUCGAAGGCAAACAAGCGGAGUUUUUCUGGCGGAGCUUUGUGGAUUUGGGGUUGAGGCGAGAGAUAUUCCUCACGGAUGUCGUUCAAUACGCCGUCAAACUCAUGGAAAACCACAAUAGUCACUGGCCAAAGCUCUAUGGCCGCAUUGUGGGCGGCUUUCUCGAACAGGGCUCGCCGAACCGGGCGGUCGAAUGGCACAAGCGGCUUCAGAGUGCUCGACUUGCCACUCCCAAUGACACAUUGCAAAUUUUGCCGUCGGCGCUCAGCUCGUCGUCUCUUCCGGCCGGUACGGAAUGGGCACUGUCGAACGAACUCGAAAUGUCACCUUUGUCACCCAGGUUGAAGGCAUUCCAGGAUAUGUGCUCCACGAUUCCCGGGCACCAGUUCUACGGACCAGUGAUUGCAACACUCACGCGGCAUGGCCAUGGAGAAUCGGCAAUCUCUAUGCAUUCUUUCCUCACGCGCCGUGAGGAUCACCCACAAACCCCAACCGACAUCCAGCCGCUGCUGGAUUUCGUCGAGAAAUUCGGGCUUCGAAAGGAGUUCAACAAGCUUCGCAGAUACUAUAAAAGGCGGUUUGACCCUGAAGCUUCCGUUGAUCAACCUGGUCCAAUCCACCUGGCCCAGCAUGCCCAGCACGCCCAGCACGCCGAGAAAAACUCGCAAGACGAGAAGCCUUUCAAGGACGAUUUAGGCGCUAAGCUGUUUGCCACCCGGGCCCUCAACUUUGAUAUGAUAGUCGGUGGUUUGAAGAUGAUUGGGGUGACAGAUAUUGGUCCCCGGACCUUGCGCGAGAUGGCGACCAGAGCCCACGGUAACCAGGAUCUCCUGGACAAGCUCAAAAUUCUCAGACAAUCAGGGAUAUCCAUCGGAAACACCGUAUUCUCGCGCUUGGUCCAGAAGCUUGCAGCCCAGAACCGCGACAUACUCCUCUCAGACAUUCUGCGCAGCGAUCAGCACCCCGAUGUCUUCGAAGACAAACGCACCCAGGAGUCGAUGCUAGUUUCGUACUACAUGGCUCGGGAUUGGCGACUAUACAAUAUGACUUUAGCGGUCCUGACAGAACUAUACCCAGCUACACCCGAUCUCUCCGAUAUCCAUUUUAGGAAGCAUCUCGCGGCCUGGGAACUGGCUGCUGCCUGCAAGGUGGCAGAUGAGCUUGCUCUAAGGAACCAGACUUUGAGCGAGGAUAGCGUGGAUUACAUGGCUGAGCAGGUUCUCACCCCUCGCAGGAUGCACCAUCGCCCACCACCAGGCCAACGUCUCUCUACUUCUCAAGAAGUGGUCUUCAUCUUCAAGAUUCUCAAACGAGUGGUCCCUACGGGAGGGUAUGUCAGUGCAGCAUUUUGGGUCGAGAUCCUCAAACGCCUGGGGAUGGCCGAUGCUUGGAAAGAUUGGGCCGAGCUUCGACACCUCUGCCACUGGCUUGUUCGCCAAUACACCAGCAGCGCCGAGGCACUUUCCCAGACAGACACGCAGCUGCAUGAAAGUCCCGUGCAGACCAGGAGUCAGGAUCGACGAAUUCUCGACUUGGUCUUCACUCCACAGAUGCAAGCCGCCAUCAUCUCCUGGGGCUUCAUGUUUCGCGUACUUGACACAACCGCCUCCAAAUUCACCAUACCUCACCCCUCCAAGCCAGACGAAAAACUCGUGCCCUGGGUUCGGGGUCUCAUCCUACUCCGAGAGCUGGAAAAACUCGGUCUUCGUCUCGACAAGAGAUUGAUCUCUCAGGCAGUCCGUCACCGGCUUGCCAUGCUUUACAGCGAGCAUGUUCUUUCUGCUCGCCGUGUGAAUCGUAUGCUGCGGCGUCGUAACCCAUACACUGCGCAGCAAGUGGUUCAUGAUGUAUUCCAGGCGUGGGGUGACGCAUCGCUCUUCAAUGGACUGGAGAGGAACCUAGAACACUUGGUAAAUCCGCCACGGUCUACCAGGUCGAAGCGGCGUGCUCCUGGUGUACGCCUCUCGCGGAAAGGGCUAUGA